AUGACUGAAAAUGAAAGCAAAAGGAAGUUAGCGCCGCUGCUCUCCAUCAAGGAACGGAACCUAGGAAUGAAUACCGAUGACCGACAGGACAAGGAAAACAAGCUCAGGGCAGCAUGGAAAGCACAUCAUGCGUUAAAAGGCAAGUUAUGCGGAGCUGCAGGCAUCUCGCUCAAGGAGAAGGGAGGACUGGUGAUGGCCAUGUCCAGAACGGUGAUGACGUACGGACUUCAAUCAAGGUCAUGCUCAC